AAUUAACCUUAAAUUAAUUUAAUCCUGUCUUUUAAGCUUGAGUGAAGUAAAAUUUUAGAAACCUCCAACAUCAGACCUUAUUCAUCUCUUCAGUUAAAUCACCUUCUUUCCGUGACCAUGUCUCCUACAUUUAAAAGCUAAUGCUCAAACACUGAACAUUAUCACCACCGGCAAUGCUGCCGCAAAUUCCGACAGCGCCCUCGCCUAACCACCGUCGUCUCCGCCGCUAGCACCCCCAGGUUACGAAAACAAGAGAAAGGAAAAAGAUGGCGCAAAAUCUGAAGCUAAAAGUGCUAACACUAAUAACAAAACUGUCUGACCGAGACACAUACAAUAUCGCCGCUGCAGAGCUAGAAAGCAUAGCGAAAACUUUAGAGAACACCACGCAACUUGCAACAUACCUCUCAUGCAUACUCUCCACAGACACCACCGACAAGCCUCUCGUUCGCAAACAGUGUCUCUGCCUCCUCACGGCACUCUCUAUUCACCACGCAAACUAUCUUUCUGCGUCCCUCCCUAAAAUCCUCGUCUACAUCACACGCCGUCUGCGUGACCACGACUCAUCGAUCCGUACGCAAUGCGUGGCAACAGUAUCAUCACUGGCGUCGAAAAUUACAAAACUGCCAUUCUCAACUGCUUUUCUGAAACCGUUGAGCGAAGCGGUGUUUACGGAGCAGGAAAUGAAUGCGCAGAUUGGAUCAGCGUUGUGUUUGGCGGCAGCGAUAAAUGCGGCACCGGAUCCGGAGGCGGGGAGGUUGGGAAAGGCAUUAGUGGUGAGAAUGGAGAGGUUGUUGAAAAGUGAGGGAUAUAAGGCGAAAAGUGCGGGAUUGGUGGUGAUAGGGAGUGUGAUUGGGGUUGGUGGAGUGAGAGAUUAUGGAGGGAUUGGUGGUUUGGUCAAGUGUUUGGUAGGGUUUUUGAGCAGUGAUGAUUGGGCUGCCAGGAAGGCUGCUGCUGAAGCGCUUGAGAGAUUGGCUGUUGUUGAAAGAGAUGACGUCGCGGAGUUUAAGUGUUGGUGUUUGAAAAUUUUUGAGAGUCGCAAAUUUGAUAAGGUGAAAGCUGCGAGGGAGGUGAUGCAUCAGAUGAUAGAAGCAUGGAAGCAGGUUCCAGAUGUUUCGGAGGAUGUAUCUCCGCCUCCUCGAUCUCUGGCUUCUUCUAAAGAGGAUGCAAGUGAUGGGCGGUAUCCACUUAGUUCGAAAAAUUCAUGUGCUGCUGGGUUUCAAACCCCUCAAAUGAGGAAAAAACCUGCUUUAGCUAGCAGGACUACUCCACCUGACGAUUCAGCAGCCACAUUCACAAGGAGGAGAGGUUCUCUCAAGAGCACUGAAAAGAAAACGAGUUCAGCAUUGUUCAGAAAGGUGGACUGCAAGAAGCCCUUUGACUGGAAAGUCGACGUUGCAAUUCCUAAUAAUACUACUACUUUAGCUGAGGUUGUUGAUAAUGAGAACGCCCCAGAAAGAAGGUCUAUAAAGCCAGAAACAAGACGGGCCCUUUUUGGUAAGAGUUCUGAUGACAAAAUGCUCAAAUUUAGUGGGUGCAAGUCUGGAUCUCGUGUGGUUCCUUGUCAUGAGGAGAGUCCUGUGUCAACUGCUGUUGCCAGUAAUGUUACUGAGAAUCACCACAGCAACCACAAGGAAUGUGAGGACUUAUCUUCAAUCCGCAACCAGCUUGUUCAAAUUGAAAGGCAGCAAUCUAGCCUACUAGAUCUUUUGCAGAGAUUUAUGGGAAGCUCACAAAAUGGAAUGCAAUCUCUGGAGACACGUGUUCAUGGCCUAGAGUUGGCACUUGAUGAGAUAUCAUAUGACUUGGCUGUGUCAAGUGGAAGGAUGACCAACUCCAACAGAACCACAUGUUGUUUGCUACCUGGUGCAGAUUUUUUGAGUUCCAAGUUCUGGAGGAAAACAGAAAGCCGCCAUUCAGCCUCAAGGCUCUCCUCUGGUACCACUCCACCAUUUUCUGUCAUGCGCCAUAAAGAUGGUAAGCCUGACAGUCUUGAGAUGCUCAAUUUGGAGAGCCGUAGGUUACUGCUUCAGGGGGGUGGUGGGUUCAUAGUGAAUCCUUUGGCAGAGAUUCACGAGUCAAGGGGGUUAUCAGAAGGGGCACAACACUAGCAAAUGCAUAAGCAGAUAUGCCUCGUAACUUGGGCAGUCCAAUUUCUUUCGACUCAAAUGUUGCUGUAUGGUUAAGAGAACCGUGAAAUGAAAGUGAAGAUCCCGGUAUACGAGAUGCUGCAUUGAACCAGUUUGAUAGUUGCCUACCCAAAUUAUAUGAUAAAUGCAACUGCUCAUUGACGGCCUACAUAAGUGAUCAUGUCAUACUCAUUUGAAGUAAAAAGAAUGACAGAGAAGCCGAUUGAUUCAGUAAUUCUUCAUUUUAGUUUAGCAUUCUUUUAUUUCGUUUCCAAUAGUUUGAAGACUGGGAGAGAAAAAAAAAGGGAAAAAAAGAGUACUACCAAAUACCCCUAACCCGGUAUAGUGUUGAAUAUGUAUAGGGAGCAGUUCUUUUUAUGGCUUCCUUUCUCCUUUUCAGUCUGAUAUUGAUGAUCCGGUUCUGGCCAUGUCUACUAUCUAUUUACCUUCAAAAUAGAUACAGACGCCCACCCAAUUCUAGUCAUCGCCAUAGGGAGGUUUUGCUAUUUCAGAUACAUGCAGAUCUGAGCUUGAGGGAGAGAUGGCAAUGAAUUGUUGUUGUUUGCAUCCAGGACUAAUUAGUAAUUGAAGUAACAUACUGUUCUAUUUUCUCUUA